AUGAGGAAUAUCAAAGAAUCAAGAUACCCGGAGCCGAUCAAAUCUGAUCCUAGCCAGAGGGAUCCCAACUUAUGGUGUGAAUAUCUUGGGACUCAUGGUCACAAAGCUGGGGACUGCCUGCAUCUAUGCAAGGAGGUGACAACGUUGUUUAAGAACAACCAUCUUAGGGAGUUCUUGAGUGACCGAGCCAAGAAUAAUUACGGGCACAACCGGGAUAAUGCAGGACUCUCGAAGAUAGGGGAAGACCCUCCUCGACUGACUAUUAACACAAUUUUCGGAGGGAAUAAAACCAAUGGUGCAUCCUUCUUGGCGGCCCAGAAUACAAAAAUAUCAAUGACUCUCAGCAAGAGACUUCGGAAAGUCGCCGAAGAUGACAUUACAUUCACAGAAGAAGACGCUGAUGUACUUCUUCUGCCGUAUAACGAUGCCCUGAUAAUUUCUCUUAAUGUUUUAGAUUUUGAGACUAAACGUGUUUUGGUUAACCCAGGAAGCUCAACCAACAUCAUUCAAUAG